AUGUGCAACGAUCCCUCCAGGUCGUCCUACGCCGACCACCUCUACAAGCCAAGCUUCGCCGGCUUCAUCGACAUCGACAUCCUCGAGACCGGCGGCAAGAUACCUCUCAGAACCUUGAUCGACCACUCUAUGGUGGAGAGCUUCGGAGGCCACAUCAGAAUGAGCAUAUUGUCGAGGGUCUACCCGAUGCAGGCCGUCAGCAACAAGGCGCGCCUCUACGUGUUCAAUCACGGCGAGUCAGACAUCAAGGUUACGCACCUAAAUGCGUAUGACAUGCGUUCUGCCAAGAUCAGCACGGACAUCGACCAAUACUAA